UACAGGCAUGUCUCCAUUUCACUCCGCCUACGGGUACCAACCUCCCGCUUUUCCCUCCCUGGAAGCAGAGAUCUCCGUCCCAUCUGUGGCUGCCCACCUGCACCGUGCACGGCAAGCCUGGCAGAAUACCCGGUCUGCACUGUCACGCACCUCGGAGCGCAACCAGCGUCUUGCUAACCGCCAUCGCAGCACAGCACCAGAUUACAGGCCCGGUCAGAAAGUAUGGCUGUCUUCUCGUGACUUACCUCUCCAGGUGGUAUCCAAGAAACUGCAACCACGAUACAUUGGGCCGUACCCCAUUGAGCGAGUCAUCAAUCCCGCAGUUGUUCAACUAUGCCUUCCGGACUCUCUCAAAAUACAUCCCUCUUUCCACGUCUCUCUACUCAAACCUGUGUCCUCCAGUCCCUUGAGUCCUCCAGAGGUGCCUCCUCCACCUCCCAGACUUAUUGAUGGCCACCAAGCGUUCACAGUCAAGGCCAUUCUCGACGUGAGGAGAAGGGGCAGGGGUUUCCAGUACCUGGUCGACUGGGAGGGUUACAGCCCCGAGGACCGAUCCUGGGUCCCGCGUUCCCUUAUACUAGACCCUUCACUUUUAACUGCAUUUUAUGACCGUUUUCCGGAGAAGCCAGUCAAUUAGUCCCCAGCGAGACACACCUGCAACUAAUCUCCACCCAGGAGUAUAUAAGCUCGUCACCGACAGCUGGUCCCUGCCGAUUAUUGUCUCCUGCACCUUCCACGUGUAUACGCAUGAUUCAAGUCGUCCUGCCUGGUAUGUGUCUUUUCUUGUUAUCUAAAUUCCUCACCUCUUUUUAUUUGCCUUCUAGCCUUCCUGAGGUGAAGAGGAUCUUGUUGGACCUUUUUGUAGAGCUCAGUGCGCCCUGGCCUUUUCCCCCUGCCGACCACUGAAGGACCUGCUUUUGUUUAUAUAUAUAUUCAUGGUGUGCAUUUUUGCCCCAUCUCCUUUUGUUAUACUUUUUGGACUCGUAUUAAAUUGUUAAACAUAUUGUAAAUCAGCCUUGCCUCCAGUUUCUGCAUCCUGGGAUCAUCUCCU